AGAGAGAGAGAGAGAGAGAGAGAGAGAGAGAGAGAGAGAGAGUCAGUGUGUGUGUGUUAGAGAGAGAGGGGGAGAGAGAGAGAGAGAGAGAGAGAGAGAGAGAGAGAGAAUGAAUUUGUGAAGCGCAUUAACUCGGAUCAGGAUCAGAUGGAGGAGCGAGUCUCAGCGCAGCUCCUUCAGACCCUCCACAUUUCCGGCGCCACUCCGUGACCGCGCUCCAGCGCAACUCCACUCAGCGCGAGCGCUCUGUCUUCAGCUGGAACCUGCGGCUGAACACUGCGUCCCUGUUGCGUUCCUCAGCGGCCAGACCUUUCUGGUAUGCGAUGAUCGGAUUAACACUGUCAGAGUGUUGCUUUUUGGAGACACAGCAGUAACACCUCACACAUUUUACCUUGUCUUCAGGACUCAAUCUGGACCGUUGGAAUCAGAGAUCAUCAGUAUUGUGUGUGGAUAUAUUUUAGUAGCCCAUGAGUGCAUUUCUAGGCGUGGUUGUUUCAUAUCCUUAGACCUUGACCUGGCAAACAAGGACCUGGUAACUUGUUUAUGGGCCUACUGAAGCCUUUUUUGUUAAUGACAAUCAAGGAUCCCAUUGGGGUUGACUGACGCACCUUUCACAUUCUUUUGUGCUUUUGAUCUUCUCCGGACCCUUCUCACAUGGACCCUUCCAUGGCAGCGAGACGGUGCUGUGUGAUUUUCCACUAACCCGUUCAUCGGUAGAGUGUUUAAGCGGGAACGGGGUGGGAGGAGGAUGCAGGCCGGGCUGCGGGUGCUGUGCACCGGUGGAGGCGCUUCUCUCUGCUGCCUGCUCCUGCUGGGGCUCAUCUACACACACCUCCUUAAAGAGGGUCAGUUGGCGGUGGGCACGUGUGAGAUUGUGAUGUUAAACAGAGACAGCAGUCAGCCCAAGCGCACCAUCGCCAGACAGACGGCCCGCUGUGCCUGUCGGAGAGGCCAGAUCGCAGGCACCACCCGGGCACGACCAGCAUGUGUGGACGCACGGAUAGUGAAAAGCAGGCAGUGGUGUGAGAUGACCCCGUGUUCAGAGGGAGAAAUCUGCGGCCUGCUGUUCAAUCACUCUGGCUGGACCUGCACCAAGGGAGGCGGACGAAUAAAAACCGUCACGGGUCGCGGGGAGUCUGGAGCCUAUCCCAGUGGACUCGUGGCACAAGGCAGGGGACACCCUGGACGGGGUGCCAACCCAUCGCAGGGCACAAUCGCACACACAUUCACACACUACGGACAAUUUGGACAUGCCAGUCAGCCUACAGCGCAUGUCUUUGGACUGGGGGAGGAAACUGGAGUACCCGGAGGAAACCCCCAAACCAAAGCAUGGGGAGAACACGCAAACUCUGUAAACACAGGGGAGGGGCGGCAAUUGAACCGCCAACCUUGCCUUGGAGGUGCGAGGCAGACGUGCUAAUUACUAAGCCACUCCCCCUUCCAUUAAAUUAGUCAUCUCAGUGAUGUAACUUAGGGGUCUGAGAUCAAUUUGAAAAUGUGAAAUUUCCGUUUAAAACUGGAAACAAACACAACUUUUAUCUUUUCAAAAAGGAAAUUGAGUAUUUCUUGUUUAAGAUUCUGCACUGUUUCUAUGUCACUAUUUAAAUUUAAGCUCAUUUUGGACAGCGAAUAAUAUUAACUCCUUUGUACAAAAGAUUCGAUAUUUCUCGAGUCGUAUCUCUUCCAUUGAAGCAUGUGUUCAGACGACACACUGAUGGAGUUGAUCUAACAUGGUCAAACACAAACUUAUGCACUGUAAAACCAGAUAGUUCAUUUAACUCAAAAAAAAAAAAAAAAAAAGGUAGGAAACUAAUUACCUCAAAAUUUUUAAGUUGAUGAAUCCUCUUUAAGCCAGAUGCAGUUAAAUAUAACAAAAAUUGAACUCAAACUUGGAAAAUAGUUUCCUAAAAUUUUUGGAGUUAAAUGAACUUAUCAGGUUUUACAGUGUGGAGUCAUUCAGAAAUUCUGAAAUUCGUGUAAAUAUUUCUAAGAUUUCAGUUUUCACUCAAGUAGUUACAGAUAUAUUAAUAUAUUAAUAUCAUUUGUGAUGAAAUAUGUUGUAUUAAUAUAGAAAGGAAUGCAGAAUAGAUGAUUUUCACUCGGGGUCUCAGACAUUUGGACCCUACUGUAUUAUAUGUUACAAGGGGUUACGUAAUAAUUGUACAGAAUGGAACAUAAGAGCUAAUUAUUGAAUUAACAGAAUAUAUUUUGAAUCAUUCUACUGAUAUACUGCAUUAUCCAUCCCCUUUUGUCCAUAUCCUUGUACUUUAAUUGUGCUGUAUCCCAAAGGACUUGGUGUGUGUGUGUGUGUGUGUGUGUGUGUGUGUGUGUGUGUGUGUGUGUGUGUGUGUGUGUGUGUGUACAUUUCUGUAUGAAUGAAAGAUGAACUGAGGUCAGUAUAAAUGUGGCCAGUGGCUUAGCAAUGCAUUUACACCAUACUGUGAUUUUGUGAUAGAUAUUUAGACAGCAUUGCUGUUUUCAGUGUGCAGUGUACAGAAAUAUGUGCUGAGGUCAUGCACCCAGAGACACACACACUCAUACACACCACACACACACAAAGAGAGAGAGAGUGAGAGAGAGAGAAAAAAAAAUAUGCUGAUCAUGUCCUAGAUUUUUCUCCUCAGUUUAUUUCAGUCUGCACAUCUUCAAAUAUCUGGCAUGUGUGCAAGUGUACAUGUGUACAUAUGAUUAUGUGGCCAUCGAUUAGUACACCUGUUUUUGUCCAUGUGUAUAUAUGCAUAUUGUGUCAAACAUCCUUCAUUGGGCUAUGUACUGUAUGUGUUCUUGAGUAUGUAUGCAUCUGAAUUUGUAAUUAUGCUAGUAUAAAAAGCAGCUGCGACAUUAGUCAUAAAUUAAUCAUGACUGUAAUUAUGCAUUAAUCACACUAAUUAUGCAUUCAGAGUGUUGGUACUGUGUAUCUGACUCUCUAUCAUCCACUAAAUAGCAAAGAGCACUUUAACAGCGCAGUGUUUUCCAUUCAGACAUUCCCACCAAAGCGCUAGCUGAGCUGUCAUAUCAUCAACUAGAGGUGGACAAAAAUCAUACGGUAAACAAUAUGCAUGGCGAUUAUUUAAUUUUGCUAAAACACAUUUUGAAAGACUACGAAUGUCAUAUUUAGCGUACAAAGAGCACGAUGUUAGACGUUUCUUUUUUGCACUUGCGUUAUUUUAUUUUGUACAUUUGACAUUGCUGAUUGUUUCAUUGCUAAUGUUCAGCUGUCUUUGGUGCAGAUUCAGUCUCUUUCUUUCUCACUGGCUGCCAAUCAUAGCACGAUGGGAUUGAUCAAUAACCACAACCAAUAAAAACGGAGAAAACGGCUUCAGUUAAACCUUUAUUGUAUCGCCCACCCAAGUUCACGACGCAUGUUUUACACUUAAAUCUUUAUUAUAUCGAAUAUUUUUUACAUUUUUCUGGAAGUGUUGAAUAUGUCCUUCCUAAUUAUUUAACCCUUUCUCGCAGUACACUGCCGUUAGGAAUGGAAAUGGACUUAUCUGACAUUUUUAACCCGUAUAAACAAACGAAUCAUUACCGCAUGUCUGUUAUAAGCUUAGUCAGGACACUGUUGGGUUUCUGUGUGUAGAGUAUCGUGACUGUUUUUAGUUGCUGGUGAGCAGGAAGAUGGGAAAGGGGGGAGGGGGUGUGUGAGCACCCUCCUGGGCAACCAAUUCACACCUCUCCACAGUAACAUUGGAACAGAGAUAAAAUGGACAGCACAGCUAAAGCUUUUUGAUAGUAAAACACUGUAUACAACUGCCACAGUAAAAUUAUUACAUUUAAACCUAGUAGGCAAGGUAAAAAAUAAAUAAAUAAAAUACUUAAGAAAAACUUUAAAUUCUUAAAACUCUGAGCGUCUACUUUCAUAUGAGCCAUUAAGCAUUACUGCGGAGUGUGACAUCACAAAUAAAUUCAAUGCUGAACAUGGGGUACCCCCAAAACAGUUCAUUUAACUAACCACAGGUGAUUAGUUAAAGACGGUGCUGUUAUAGGAAAAGAACAUUGCCGGGGUGGUGUGAUUCAA